AGUUGAGAAGAUAGUUGGAUAGUUGAGAAGAGAGUUAAUUUGAUAUUAUUCAAGUGUAUCUUUAUAUGUUCCAGUUUUAUGCCAACCAGUGCAUGCCACUUCCACGAAAUAAAUUAGAAAAAAUCAUCUUUAAAAUGUAAAGUUUGUUUGUCAUUUCUGAUAUGAAAUGUUGUUAAAAAGUGUAUAUACAUUAUAUAUUAUUAUACAUAUUAUGAAAAUAUAUCGGUGCGAACGUGAACCAUAAAUAAGUGAUAAUGGUUCAAGGGAUUGAUUUGUCCUGUGAUUUCAACGGAUUUCAAGCCUCAGCAUUUCCUAACCUUUGGAACGCUUGUGAGCUAUAUACACAUCUACCAUACGGAUACAGUACACAGCCCGAUACAGAAUCUGAGAUACAAGCAAGGAAUGGUGGAUCAUUAAACUUCCAGCUUCCAGACCCAUUGUACUGGAAUGAUGAGUAUUAUGAUGAGUAUGAUCUCAAGAAUGAAGAUGAAGAUGAGACUGUUGAUGAUCAAACCUUCCAAGAAUCUUCUAUCCUUGACAAUAUUAGAACCAUCAUAUCUCCAGUCUCCUGGCCAGCUAGAGGUUCUCCGCUUGAUACCAUGAAAAGGAUGACAUUUGAACUACCUGAAUGGCCAGCGAGAGGAUCUCCAUUAAGAAACAUGAACAAAGUUAUGAAUAGAAUUCAGACUCAACAAUGGCCGGCUAAAGGUUCUCUGCUUGAUCGCAUAGCAACCAGAAUUAAAUCAAAUGGAAGUCCACAACAGGUUAACAACAGAAUUUUUCCUAUCAACAACCAACCCCAAUCUUUCCCUUCAACUCCUCCAUCAAGACGCCCUUCUAUCCUUCACCCUUCCCAACCUCAUACUGCUGAACCCCCUACUCCAUCUUCAAACCAGUUUCAAAACCAGUUUCCCGCAUUUCAGCCUCUCUCUGAAGAAUUUAUUGAUAAACAAGAUACAUUAGACUCCAGGAGUCCACUUGUUCAGGGAGGAUUUUUCGGGUUAGCUCUUCCAUUGAUCUUAGGAAUUCUGUUCACGUUAGGAAUACCCCUUGUUCAGAUAAUGUUUGCCAGUGCUUCCAUAAUAACAGCAUUUAUGAUCCAGGGCCGUGGCCUAGAGGGAUUGAAUGCUGCCAGUUUUGAUGCUGCUCUACGAUAUAUUCUUAUUUCUGCCAUGAAUAUAUUGCAAGGUUUCUCUCGCGAGGCUAGAACAGUUGAACUUCUUCACAGUCUUCCAUUUUGUGUCAACUCCUCUCUUCUAUAUUCAAGACUUGAAGAGAACGAAUGUAAAGGAGACUUCCUGGAAUAUAUUCUGCCAAAAGGCUCCGGAAUUCUGUCCGAAACACAGGUGUCAGACCAAUUCAAGAUGGCUGACAAUGGAUCAAUGAUGGCGGAGAGUAGACUGAUUCCCCUCGUGUUGCCUGAAUCCUUUGGUUGUCGUGAAGGAAGUAUCCCAGAUAUUGUUGCCAAAAUUGGCAGAUUGUUGUCUUUAACACUUGGAGAUUGUUCAGAAAAUACAAAUUAAUUACUUU